AAUGACAGAGUUGAACAGUGCUUACAAACCAGAAAACGAAAAUCAGUGAACAAACAUCAUCAAUAUUUUCUUAAACAUUUGCAUUCGUAUAUCAUCUAAAAUUUAAAUAAUUUGUAAAUAUUUGUUUCUAAAGACCAUUUUUGUAACUAACGAAUAUAUAAAUUAAAAUAAAGAAAAUAUGCCGGCCUACCAUUCUCAGAUUAAAGAAUUUUCCCAAGUCGUCGGAAAUAUGGCAAUUUUGCCUUUACGAACUCAAGCUCGUGGACCUGCUCCCAGUGCCAGUAUUGAAAACGAUAUCAUUGAUGAGUCACUAUAUUACUUCAAAGCAAAUGUUUUCUUCCGAACAUAUGAGAUAAAGUCUGAAGUGGAUCGCGUGCUCAUAUACAUUACAUUGUAUAUAACCGAAUGCUUGAAACGCCUACAACGCUGUAGUAACAAAAACCAAGGCACUCAAGAAAUGUACAGUUUAGCAAUUUCCAAGUUCGACAUUCCCGGAGAUGCUGGAUUUCCAUUAAAUGCAGUUUAUGCUAGACCACAAAAUACACAAGAAGCAGAUUUAAUGCGUCAAUAUUUCCUACAAUUGCGACACGAAAUUGGAAAUCGCGUUUGUGAGAAAGUUUUCAACAGUGAAGACGGAAAGCCUAAUAAAUGGUGGAUUUGUUUCGCCAAGAAGAAGUUCAUGGAGAAAUCUUUAUCUGGUCCUGGCCAAUAGAUGUGAGAGACUUCAGUUACUUUCACUACUAACAUUUCAAAUAUAACGUUAUUAAACGGUGUAAUACAAAAUAUUUUGAUUCAAAGUGAAUAAUAAAGUGUUAUUAUAUAUACAUA